UUUCUAACUCUUUUGCAUCAAAGAGGUAAAGUGUCAUAGAGUCAUCGUGUAGUUUUUGAUAGGCCGGGAAAAAAGAUGGGGUUGGGUAUUCGUGCUUUGAUCAUAGUGUCCAUGACCAUAUUUACUCUCACGUCAGUUGCAAAUGCUGCAGUGGGGACGGCUACUUUCUACACUCCUCCUUAUGUUCCCUCUUCGUGCUACGGAUUUCAAAACAAUGGUGUCAUGAUAGCUGCUGCAAGCGAUGUAAUAUGGGGAAAUCGAGCAGCCUGUGGGAGAAGUUAUAGAGUCAGAUGCAUCGGGGCAACAAAUCAGGGUGUACCACAACCUUGCAAGGGUACGAGCGUUGUGGUUAAAAUUGUCGAUUACUGUCCACCGGGAUGUCAGGGAACCAUCGAUCUCUCUCAAGAAGCUUUUUCUGCAAUAGCUAAUCCUGCUGCCGGAAAAAUCAGAAUUGAGUAUACUCAGAUUUGAAGAUAUAUAGGUCAGUAUUAUGGCCUCCUAAUAACGAGUUAUAUGUAUAUAUAUAUAUAUAUGAUAGUAUUGAAAUAAGCUGCAUGCUGCUAGCUCGAUCGUGAUGGAGUACUCAUAUGGUAACAUUAAUGAAAUAAUAAGCAACACGUUGAAACUUGUAUGUAUCACAUAUGAUGCCAAGUUGACGUUGAAAUGUGCAUGACAUGUAUGUAAGCUUCAAUGCAAAAUAGGCAGGCCUUACUAUUGAUCUUUGACUUUCA